CCGCCCCGGCAGGUCCCUCCCAUCCUUACCCGGCCGGCGUCGCCCGCGGCCGGCGUCGCGUCAGGUGACUGCCCGGAAGCUACGGAAGCGGAUGAAGGAAGUGGGGCCGCGGGCCCCGGGGGCGGCGCGGAACUGCCGAAGCUGCUCGGCCCGGCCCGGGCUCCCUGCGCGGCCCUCAUGAGGCGCCCUCGCUGACACCUGAAGCCCGCCGCGCUGUGUCUUCCGGCGACCGCGAGGUCGUCCGGCCCGGCCCGCAGCCCUCCGCGGUGAAGCCGUCGUGGUGAGGGCCCGCGGUGGCUACCCAUGGAGACGGCCGGGAGGGGCAGCGAUGGCGCCCCGCGGGGGCCCGUCCUGCACAUCGUGGUGGUCGGCUUUCACCACAAGAAGGGCUGUCAGGUCGAGUUCUCCUAUCCUCCCCUGAUUCUGGGAGAUGGACACGACAGCCAUACUUUGCCAGAAGAAUGGAAAUAUUUGCCCUUCCUUGCCUUACCGGAUGGUGCACACAACUACCAAGAAGAUACUGUAUUUUUUCACUUACCACCCAGAAAUGGAAAUGGAGCCACGGUAUAUGGUAUCUCUUGCUAUCGACAAAUUGAAGCCAAGGCAUUGAAAGUAAGGCAAGCAGAUGUUACCAGAGAGACUGUUCAGAAAAGUGUCUGUGUCCUAAGCAAGCUGCCUCUCUAUGGUUUACUUCAAGCAAAACUUCAACUCAUCACACAUGCAUAUUUUGAAGAGAAGGAUUUUUCCCAGAUUUCCAUUCUAAAGGAGCUGUAUGAGCAUAUGAAUAGUUCCUUGGGAGGAACUUCAUUAGAAGGAUCUCAAGUAUAUCUUGGUCUGUCUCCUCGAGAUCUUGUCCUUCAUUUUCGACACAAGGUCUUAAUCCUGUUUAAAUUAAUUCUUCUUGAAAAAAAGGUUCUUUUUUAUAUUUCUCCAGUGAAUAAAUUGGUGGGUGCACUGAUGACUGUGUUGUCCCUUUUUCCAGGCAUGAUUGAACAUGGUCUCAGUGACUGUUCUCAGUACAGACCCCGAAAGAGUAUGUCAGAAGAUGCUGGGCUUCAGGAAAGUAAUCCCCCUGCAGAUGAUUUUGUUUCUGGGUCUGCUUCUGACAUUUCAAAUAGCAACUUGGGAACUGUCAAGAAAAUCAUGGCAGGAAGCCAUGGAGGAGAUGCUGCCAUCAAGACUGAAGUACCUCCGUUCCAAGUAGAAGAUAACCACAGCAAAGGACAGGAACUCAAUGACACCAGUCAAUAUUUGAAACCUCCAUCUCGCCCUUCUCCAGAGUCUUCAGAAAGUGACUGGGAGACCUUGGAUCCUAGUGUCCUAGAAGACCCCAACUUGAAAGAAAGGGAACAGAUGGGGCCAGACCAGACAGAUCUCCUUCCCAAGAACUCUGUGCCCUCAGACAGUCCUCCAAUUACUGUGCAGCCUCAAGCUAAUACAGGGCAAGUGGUCCUGACACCAGGGCUCAUUUCAGGUUUAGAGGAGGACCAAUACGGCAUGCCGCUGGCCAUCUUCACGAAGGGAUAUCUGUGUUUGCCAUAUAUGGCAUUGCAGCAGCAUCAUCUUCUGUCUGAUGUCACCGUUCGGGGAUUUGUUGCUGGAGCUACUAACAUCCUUUUUCGACAACAGAAACACCUCAGUGAUGCCAUUGUGGAAGUGGAAGAAGCUGUGAUCCAGAUCCAUGAUCCAGAACUCAGGAAGCUGCUUAACCCAACCACUGCAGACCUAAGGUUCGCAGAUUACCUGGUGAGGCACGUGACUGAGAACCGGGAUGACGUCUUCCUGGAUGGCACGGGCUGGGAGGGAGGUGACGAGUGGAUCCGGGCCCAGUUUGCAGUCUACAUCCACGCCCUGCUGGCUGCCACGCUACAGUUAGAUAAUGAAAAGAUAUUAUCGGACUAUGGGACAACUUUUGUUACAGCGUGGAAGAAUACUCACAACUACAGGGUAUGGAAUAGCAACAAGCAUCCAGCACUUGCAGAAAUAAAUCCAAACCAUCCAUUUCAAGGCCAGUACUCAGUGUCAGACAUGAAGUUAAGAUUCUCACAUUCUGUCCAGAACAGUGAACGUGGCAAAAAAAUUGGAAACGUCAUGGUCACAACCAGCCGGAAUGUUGUACAAACAGGAAAAGCUGUGGGCCAGUCGGUGGGAGGAGCUUUUUCCAGCGCGAAGACAGCUAUGUCUUCGUGGCUUUCCACUUUCACCAGCUCCACCCCUCAGAGUCUCACUGAGCCGCCAGACGGGAAGCCCUGAGCGGGGCAUCGGAGGCCUCCAUUGCUGUCUUAGGUUUCAGUGUCCCCUGUGUGUCUGCUGCUGCCAGACUAGCCACUGGCCACGGUGCACAGCAGGGGGACGACGCAUCGGACUGUGGACACAGACACUUGAGCCCUGUCUGAGUGAUUGUCACAGGAUGCUGGAGAUGAAAUCGCAGCCAUCACAGGGACGGCGCUCCAGGUUGGGUUGAGAUUGACUGCUUUUGUUUCAUUCUGAGCCUGAUUAAACGCACCGUGGACCUUCCCAUCGAUUUUCAGUUCUGACGUUAUACAUUUGUUUACUUUAGAAAAAUUUUUACUUCUGUAAAUUUUAUCUUGUUUUGCUAUUUGGAUAUCUACAUGGUCAAUGUAAUUUAUAUUUGCUAAAAUUAAGUUAUAUUAUUAUUUUAAUUUCUCUCAAGUUGGCCCUAAAAUGUGCUUAUAAAGUGGCCACAUAGUCCAGCCUUUGUUAUUUCCCUGAAUUAUAUGAUGAUUUUUUUGUUUUCUACCCACAAAACACUUAUCAUCUCACUCCUUCCCAAAUGUGUGAAAGCCAGGGGCAGUAGCCUGCAGGAGGGGGUGGUGUUCCUUCCAAAUCCUUAAGGACCUGUUCUGAGGCCUCAGGGAGCUCACUGCGCUUCCCUUCCCGUCCUAGCUGUGAAGAGGCUGUGCAGGCUGGCCUCGUGCUGGUCCCGUGGCUGGAAGCAGCUGAUGGGAGCGAGUCUGUCCAGCAGUCCUUUCAGAGACCUGGCCGUGGCUUUUGUCAGCUCCAGUCGUGUUACAGUUUUUCACCAGCUUUUUUUAGCCCCAUGUGUGUGCCUUCUAGUUUUUCUUUUGAGCAGGUUCCAUAGGGUGUGUCAGAGGUAUAGGUUUUUCUGUCAUAUUCUCAGUUUUAGUCUUCAUAAAGCUUUUCAAGGCCUUUGGCCUUCCUACUUCCCAGACUGAAAAUCCCCCUGUAGUCAGGUCCUUUACUCUUGUAAAGGAGAAGCAAGAUUACUCAUAAAUAUUAAAACAGAAACCUCAUCUUAGCGUGCAGACAAAAACUGCAGCCAGGCCAUCGGUCACCUGUUUCAUAAAAGACAUGAUUUCACGUUAGCCGCACCUGUUGUAGAAGACAUCUGGUUUCGCGUUAGCAACUGCAUGUUUGUGCCAUCCACUGCUGAUCUGUACAUAGCUGGACCUCACGUGUUUGCCAUGCUCAGCUCCCAUGUGCUUUCCGGGGGACGUGGGAUGGGUGUUCUCAGGGAGUACUUAAGGUGAAAAGGCUGCCUUUUCUGUAACAAAGGACACUUGGGGGAAAAAAUACCUUGUGAGCCUAAUCGUGUAGUCUAAAGAAUGUUGGUAAAAUAAGGGGCCUGAUGAAGAGAGACACUGUUUACACUUGACUGAUCACUUAGGGAAUGCUUAUCUAAGAGGCUGAUCCUCCUACGGCAUGUGAAGUGAGCCGAGGGCAUCAGCCAGAUACCCCUCAGUUUCCCUGUUCGUGUUCUGACACAAGUCCAGUAAGCUGAAAGCUGACUUUCCUUUGAGCAUAAUAACAUAAGAAGCUUCCAGUGAUGAUCAGUUGAAGGGUUUGAUGUGAGGAUUCCAUUAAUUCACUUCCACCAGGAAAGUGAACCUUGGGAAAUCAUACUUGAAGAAAAGGAAGUAAUACCAAACACCCUUCAAAGGUACUUGAAGCAGUGUUGUGCCGAGACUACAAAGAAUCCACUCUGACCUCUUGUUCUACGAGGGCACAUCAUCAGCCAGGGUAGUCCUGUCCAUUUGCAGCACCAGAAGUUCACAAGGCCAGGAGCCAGGAGCCCUUAGGAGGGACAGACAGCUGAUAAGAUACUGGUUUUUCCUCAGUCUGUGUGGUGUGCAUGGUUGGGGUGGCUCCCAUCUCUCACUACUCAAAAUCAGCUCAACCUAUACUUUGGAAUCCACUGAAAUAAAAAUAGCUACAUGAAAUUCACUUUUGCUUUAGUAUUACUUGUCCCCUAUUUAAUAUACAUGUUAUUUGAACUUGCUAUUAAUGUUUCUAGUUAAAAUUUUACUCAUAAAGUGGUCACUUAACUGGCCUUCAACCUAAAACAAAUAAUUUCAAGAAGUAGAACUGUUGUCAUAGAAAGGAUUGGAAGAGUGUAAGUGUUCUUCCUGUAAGUAUAUCUUCCUGGGAUGUGGAACUUUCAGGCAGGCCAGGCCAUUGCCUGGUAGACAGGGGUCCCAGGGAAGCCUGGCCCCUUGGCCCCUGAGCCUGCACACUUCCGGAUCGCAUUCCAGGCUCCCCGGCCGGCCAGCUCUGAAGCAGUAGCCUCCCAACCAACAUAUGUUGAGAGUGCCAGCAUCAGGCCAGCUUCCAGCAUGUCACUGAGAACAGUGGGAGUGGUGGAGUGUCCGUGCCACUCUGGCCGAGGCCGAGGCCUGAGGAAGCCACAGGGAACCAGCCUCCUCAGGUGUGCGGGCUCGCAGACUCUGGCUGUAGCCUGCUGGCAGCUUCCCUGCUUCCAGGUGACUCAAAAGGAGUUUUCAGAAGAAAACCUCUCAUACGCUUGAAUUCAUCCCAAGCACGAAAAUGACAGUGACGUAGGUAAGGAAGAGGAAGUUAAAGCUACUGGUCCUGGCCUCCAUGGAUAGAAAAGUUGCAUGUCAGAUAAAGGCCUAGAAUUGUUUUGCAUAUAUAAGCAAUAUGAAUAGUCUAUCCCCAAAUCCCAUUGUGAUCGCCGGCCCUCAAGCCCCAGAACAAUUCUCAUCUACUUGGGCUUCAGGAAACAGCAGCAAACCAGAGCACAUGACCAGGCUCCCUCAACCUUAUCUGCUUUCCAAGUGCUGUAGUAAGCAUUUAAUGUUUCUGAGGAGAACUUCCUUUGGAAAGCCAAGAAGAAAGGACAUUAGCACGGAAGAGAAGUGAAAAGUUGCAGCAUAGCCGAGGAACGAGGCACUUAAAGUCUGACUGCAAGUAUCCCAAGAGCAGUGUCUGAUCUUCAGAGGCGUAAGAGUUCUUUUAGAAAGAAGUAAGAAUUUCAUCUGCUGGUUGGAGGUCUCAAUGCAGCUAGAGCAGUGUCUGCAGGCGGGUUUUGUUCCCAUCUUACGUUUUGUGCAGAAAGUCAGGUGGAAGCCGCAGCCAGCGGCCCUCUGCCCUGUGGCCUUGGGAUGAGUCGGGUGUCCUUCAGCGCUGUUAGGGGCCAGUGUCCUGAUCCUCAGCCCCGGGAGCGGGCCUGCGGCAGCCUACCAGAAAAUCACUGCACCAUGAGGCCUGGAACCGUACUGGGGAGCUGGCUGGGCAUCAGAUGGCCUGCUGUGACCCUCCCCGCAGCCCGGGAGCCUGCGGCCCUUGUUACUUGAAGUCUGUUGUCAUUCCUCAUAGCAUAAUGUGCCACUCAAGUCUUAGGACUUUGUAACUGGGGAAUUCUUCCAUUAUUUCCAGCAUUCCAUAGAUACUUGUCUAAGACAAAAGGAAUGUGGAUCCUUACUCAAAAAUAUUUUAUACACAUGCCUUCUAACUUUCCUUAUGAAGGAGGAUAAACUAGCUCCCUGUGUGGUAACUCCGAAAGUAAAAGAUGGUGCAUGUCUCUAAGGAGUAGGAUAUAUUUUGUAAAAUUCUAAAUACAUUUGUAUUCCUGUGCUGUUGUAAAGUUUACCUUUUUACUUCCGCCAAUUAAAGAUAUAGAAACUAUAUAUUUAAAUCAUGUAAAAUGGAACGCAAUUUAGGGGUUUUUGUCCAGUCUUAUUUUCCAUCAGCUUACACACACAUAGUAUGCUGCUCAAGUUUUUUUCUGUGCAAUAUAAAACAUUGGAACAUUUCAGUCAGGUACUGAGCCAGAAAAGGUAAUUGAAGUUUUGAGAAAGCUUCUUCCUUAGAAAAUAUUUUGUUAUUUUUUUGAAAUAAUAAUAUUUUAUAGCUGGAAAAGGUGAAGACUUAGGUGUUUCAGGGCAUAGGUUCUUACAUUCAGGAAGCAUCUGAUUGAGUUUGUGAAAACAUUUAAUGGUUACAAAAAUAGUAGAACUACUUGAGAUGAAAGGUUUUCCACAAACCCUGUCUCAGAAGGUUUAGCUUAGAAAACCCGGGAAGUUUUCUGAGCAGCUUAGCUGCAGCACGUGUUUUGAUCAGAAAGGUAGCUCCUCUUUGCUGUGAUAGUUCUAUAGUUUGUACUAAUUCUGGUUGGUUGCUGGUUUUUUUUUUAAAGUGUUAAAAUUAUAAAUCAAGUCUAAUCAUACUGAAUUGUAAAACUUCUAUUGUAUAUUUCUUUAAAAAUGAGAAUAAAAUUACCCUGUUUGACCUGCA